AUGACGGGCACUUUAUCGCAAGAGGGUGGUCUGAGUCCUGCCUCAGCGGAAGCAUCACCCUCUACGUCGGGCAGCAUCAGGAAUCAGUACGGAGACGAAGCAGUCCUCACCUACAGCGUGUUAGACGAGAAGCAAGCGAUGAAAUUUGUCGCCGACGACGGUGCUGGAGCUACUGUCCUUUUCAGUGGGACUACAAGGGACUCUUUCAGAGGCAAAAAAGUCACCAAGCUCGAGUACGAAGCAUACUCUUCGCUAGCUUUAAAGACGCUCCAGUCGUUACUCGACAACGCGCACACGUCUGCUCCCUUUGCAGAAACGCCGACACCUAUCUCUGCCAACGUAGAUCCUCAAGCGGACCACUCGAGCGAAGACAGGGUGACAAGGUGCUAUAUUUCGCAUCGACUUGGCGUAGUGGGCGUGGGCGAGUGCAGUAUACUGAUCGCGGUCAGCUCACCACAUCGGAAGGAAGCAUUUGUGGUAGCGGAAUGGUUAUUAGAAGAGGUUAAAAAGAACGUUGCCGUUUGGAAGCGGGAAUUCUACACUACGGGAGAUGACCUGACUGCAUUGGAUGGAGACGCCAGGACAUAUGAUCCUAGGAAAAACGAAGCAGUAGUCGAUGCUGCUGACAGUCAAAGCUGGAGCUGGAAGGCCAACUUUCCUAGCACAUGA